AUGGGUUUAGAAAGUAAUAUAGGAAAGUAUAGACUAGGAAGAACAAUAGGAGAAGGUACAUUUGCAAGAGUGAAGCUAGCAUUGAAUACAGAGAAUGGACAGCAUGUAGCAAUUAAAGUAAUCAACAAGCAGAUGGUCAUGGAGAACAAUCUAGUACAUCAGGUUCAGAGAGAAAUCAGAACUAUGAAACUUUUGCAUCACCCAUACAUCGUCAGGAUACACGAGGUAAUUGGCACAAAAACGAAAAUUUACAUUGUGAUGGAAUACAUAUCAGGAGGACUUCUAUCAGACAAACUGUCUUAUGCCAAAAGGUUAAGCGAAGACGAAGCAAGGAAAUACUUUCAACAGUUAAUAGAUGCUAUAGAUUAUUGUCAUUGCAAUGGAGUCUUUCAUAGAGAUCUCAAGCCACAAAACUUUCUUUUGGAUAGCAAGGGAAACCUAAAAGUGUCUGAUUUUGGGCUCAGUGCAUUGACAAAGCCAGGAAACCUUCUAUCAACUGCAUGCGGAUCUCCAUGCUAUGUAGCACCAGAGUUACUCACAGGCAAAGGUUACGAGGGAGCCCCUGCAGAUGUAUGGUCCUGUGGGGUAAUUCUUUUUGAAAUGCUUGCUGGUUAUCUCCCUUUUGAUGAAUCCAACCUGAUGAACUUGUAUAAGAAGAUUUACAGAGCAGACUACACAUAUCCAGAAUGGUUUACAGAAGGCCAAAAGAAACUAAUAUCCAAGAUACUUGAUCAAAAUCCCCAAAAGCGGAUUACAACAGCAGAGAUUAUAGAAGAUCCGUGGUUUCAAAUAAAUUAUAAGCCUACCACAAGGAUAGAAUGGGAUGAAAGUAUUAACUUGGAUGAUGUUCAUGCAGCUUUUGGUCAAAUGAAGGAAAGAAACGAGACAGAGAAGGAGAAACCACAUAGUACCUUUAUGAAUGCUUUCCAGCUAAUAGCAUUAUCACAUGACCUUGAUUUGUCUGGACUUUUUGAACAGGAUAACGAAAAGCAGAAGAUAACAAUUGGAUCUAAGCAUACAAAGACUGAUACAAUACAGAAAAUUGAGGCUGCUGCUGAGGGUGUAAGACUCUCAGUUCAAAGAAUGAAUGAGACCAAGGUGAAAAUGCAUCCGAAACAGACCAUGAGCAGGUGUUCAAGGUCAUGCUUUAACCUAUUAGCACAGGUUUUUGAGGUGGCGCCAACACAUUGCGUUGUUGAAGUAUCUAAGUCAGCAGGGGAUCUUGGCUUGUAUAACGAGUUCUGCAAAAGUUUGUCAAGCAUGCUCACAGAGGAAUCAGACGAAAUAUCAGAAACCCAACAGCCCGACAUGGAUACAGACAACUGCACAAUUGUCAACAAGAGUGAAUGUUUUCAUCAGAAAGAUGAUAAAAAGAGUUGCGAUGAGGUCAUUCUUCCAGCUGAGAGCCUACCAUUGUCAUCAUUGAGCUUAUCAAAUGAUUCUAAAAGACCCUUAAAGGUGUGAAGCGUCCCAGAUUGUACAUGCAUAACACAAUAAAAGUGUGCAUUAAUAAGGCAAAUUUGUAAAGCUAUCUUCCAUUGGAUUAAUUAUUUUCAUAAAUUGAUCCAAAUGUUUAUGUCAUGAG